GAUAAGCCAGCUGCCAUUGCCCAAGAGAUAACUCAGGUAGGAAAGAAUAUUUUUCAAUGUGACAUAUGUGGGAAAAUGUUCUAUAAAGAGAUUAAACUUUCUCAACAUCAGAUUACACACACAGGAGAGAAACAUGAUAAAUAUGGCAAAGGUCAGAAAUCUUUUAUUACGACAUCACGUGCUACUUCAUAUCAAAGAACAUCUACAGGGAAGAAGCUUUAUCCUUGUAAUGAACAGGAGGAAUUUUUCUAUCAGCAGUCAGACCUUACUGUGCAUCGCAGAAUUCACACAGAGGAAAUGUCCUAUGGAUUUAUUAAGUGUGGCAAUGACUUUGAUGAAAAUUCAUUUCUCAGCUGUCAUCAGAGAAUUCACACAAGUGAAAAACCAUAUGAAUGUAAUGAAUGUAGAAAAUUUUUCUACCAUAAUUCUGCCCUUACAGUUUUUCAGAGAAUUCACAUAAGUGAGAAUCCAUAUGAGCUUGAAGAAAGUCAAAUUUUCUACAGUAAGUCAAAACUCAAAAAUCAUGAGAGAAUUCACAUUGCUGAGAAACCGUUUGAAUGUAACAGAUGUGGAAAAACCUUCUACCAGAAUUCAGACUUCAGCAAGCAUGAAAGAAUUUAUAAGGAAUGUGGAAAAUGUAACCAAAAGUCAGAUCUGAAGACAACUCAGAGAAUUCACACAGGGGAGUACCCAAAUGAAUGUAAAGAAUGUGGGGAAGCUUUUAGCCAAAAGUCAUCUCUCCACGGCCAUGAGAGAAUUCACAAAGGCAAGACACCAUAUGAAGGUAAGGAAUGUGGAAAAGCUUAUAACAAAAAGUCAGCCUUCAGCAUGCAUGAAAGAACUCACCCAGGUGAGAAAACAUAUGAAUGUAAAGAAUGUGGAAAAGCUUUUAACCGAAAGUCAAACCUCAGCAUCCAUCAGAGAAUUCACACAGGUGAGAAACCGUAUGAAUGUAUAGAAUGUGGAAAAGCUUUUACACGAAAGUCAUUCCUCAGCAUGCAUCAGAGAAUACACACAGGUGAGAAACCAUAUGAAUGUAAAGAAUGUGGAAAAGCUUUUAACCAAAAAUCAUCCCUCAACAAGCAUCAGAGAAUUCACACAGGUGAGAAACCAUAUGAAUGUAAAGAAUGUGGAAAAGCUUUUAACCAAAAGUCGAUCCUCAGUGGGCAUCAGAGAAUUCACACAGGUGAUAAUCCAUAUGAAUGUAAAGAAUGUGGAAAAGCUUUUAACCAAAAGGGAAUCCUCAGCAAGCAUCAGGAAACUCACACAGGUGAGAAACCAUAUGAAUGUAAAGAAUGUGGAAAAGGUUUUAACCAAAAGUCGACCCUCAGUAGGCAUCAGAGAAUUCACACAGGUGAGAAACCAUAUGAAUGUAAAGAAUGUGGAAAAGCUUUUAGCCAAAAGUCAAACCUCAUCAUGCAUCAGAGAACUCACACAGGUGAGAAACCAUAUGAAUGUAAAGAAUGUGGGAAAGCUUUUAAUCGAAAGUCAAACCUCAGCAUGCAUCAGAGAAUUCACAGGUGAGAAACCACAUGAAUGUAAACAAUGUGGAAAAGCUGUUAGCGAACAGGUAUCAUUCAGAUUGCAUCAGAGAGUUCUCACAGGUGAGAAACCAUAUGAAUGUAAAGAAUGUGGAAAAGCUUUUAAGUGAAAGUCUAACCUCAGCAUGCAUCAGAGAAUUCACACAGGAGACAAACCAUACGAAUAUAAGCUGUGUGGGAAAACUUUUAAGCAACAGGCAUCAGAAUUCACACAGUGAGACACCAUAUGAAUGUAAGGAAUAUUGAAAAGCUUUAAACCAAAUGUCAGCCUUCAGCAUGCAUUAGAGAAUGCACCCAGGUCAGAAACCCUAUGAAUGUAAUGGAUGUCAAAGAAUGUUUAACUACAAGUCAUACUUCAGGAUACAUUGGUGUACCCACUAACACAAAAAAUAUUAUGAAUGUGAAGAAUUUUGAAAAGCUUUUAACCAAAAAUCAAUCCUCAGGUGGCAUCAGAAAAUUCAAACUGGUGAGAAGGCCUACAAAUGUCAUAAAUGUGGAAAAACCUUUAAAAAGAAGUCAUCCAUCUUGGUGCAUCAGAGUACUCACACAGUAAAACUAAAAACCUUAUGAAUGUAAAAAACAUGGAAAAAUCCUUUAACUGAAAAAGUCCAACUGUCAGCCUGCAGCAGAGAAUUCAUACAGGUGAGAAGCCCUAUGAAUGUACUGAAUGUGGAAAACUUAAAAAGUCACACUUUAGAAGACAUCAGGAUAUGCACACAGGAAAAAAAUCCUUAUGAAUGGAACAAAUAUGAUGUCUUUUAUUGGAACUCCCUUAAUUGACAUAAAAGAAUUCACACGGGGGGAAAGUCACAGUGAAUGUAAUUUGUAUGGGAAAAUAUUGUGCCAGAAGUCACACCUCAAGAUAUAUCAGAUAACCUACAUUAAGGAGACCUGUAAAUAUGUACUUGUUUUCAGGUAUUGGGGAAUGUUUUGAGGAUUCCCUAUUGAUAUAAAAAUUUGCUGAUGCUAGAGUCCCUUCUUCAAAUGGUGCAGUGUUUGUGUCUUAUCAAUUCAUGUCCUGCCAUGUACAUUACUUAAGAUGUUGGGGAAAAUGUGAGUACUCUGUAAAUAGUUGUUAUAGUGUGUUGUUUUUUUUUGUAGAAUUGUUUCCUUUAUUUCAUAAUUGUAUUUUUAAAGAUAUUUGAUAAGUAGUAGGUUGACUAACACGAUGUGUAAUACUCAUGGAAGGAGGACUGUAAUGAGUGUGAAAACAUCUUUUCUCCAAAGUCUCAAGGCCGACUAUUGUUAGAGCACUGUUGCUUAUAGCAUUGUGCUCAUGACACAGUCAUGCCCCAUCAUUACAAUCAUCCCCAUAGCAGCCACUCACGAAAAAAUAAAUAAAAAUAGAAAAUGAGUCACAUCAUGCAGGCAUUAGAGAAUUUUCACAGUGGAGAAAUUCGGCAUGGAUUAGACUGGCUAUGUGUUUUCUAAAUACAACCACCCUUUUCUCUUGUAUACAUAGCCUGCAAUUUCAGCCUUCUGUGAUUGGGUUGAUGACCAUGUAAUUUGGCUCUGUUCAGUGGAACAUAGAUAUAAGUGAUCAACAUUACUUCCAGGCCAGGCAAUAAAAAAAAAAAAAUGCCAUGCAGAUUUUCCUGAUUUCUCAUGUUCCCUGUGACUGAAUGAAGAUGAUUCCUGGGUGGAGCUGGGGUCCACAGGUGGGAAAAAUCCACCCUAACUUAAAUUAGAAGGAAUUGAAGAAACCAGAGAUAUUCCCACCUCUAUCCCCAAACCUCCAUUUAUACAUUAUAUGAGAAAUUCUUUCUUCAUUCAGCCAUUCUGUGUGUGCUUUGUCUGUACUAGCCCACUGCAGCUAAUUGAUUUUACAAACUUUCUGAACAGUUACCAGUCCUUGUAUAUGGGAAAAGAAUCCUGUGUUGUCACAUUUUAUAACCAAAUCAGUAUAUGGUAAAAUCAAAUUAUGGGGAGAAUCAAUGCAAUAAAUAUGGGACAUCGUAUUGGGCAGGAACACCUCAUUGAAUAGUUAAAAUAAAGUUAAAUACCCAUCUAAUCUUUAAUGUGUGAAUGCUUUCAAGAAAAAG